AUGUUUGCAAUCAACUACAACCCCGUCUUGAGCUUUCUUGAUUUAGUUCAACAACAACAGCAACAACAACUUCGUCAACAAUUCCAACCAAAGAUUUCAAAGAAAGUUGAAACUGAAGACGAGUAUCAAAUCCACAUUUUCAAGCCAUAUGGUGACUUCAAUUCUUAUGAAGUCCGUGCUUUAAAGAGUCAAAAUGGACUCGUAAAGCUUGUCAUCGAAUCUGAACCUGACAACUUUCAAGCCACCGUUUCGUUUUCGUUGGCUGAGAUCGAUUUGCAAGAAAUCAACUGGUUAUACUUCCGCGCCGAGAACACAUUGGUGUUGAGGAUUCCCAAGAAACAAAAGGUAUGUUAUCCUCAAUUCUACUUUCCUGGCUGUGUUAUUGGAAAUGAAAGAGAACAACAAAGAGACGAUAGGUUAAGGCAAGCUGAACAAGCCAAGCUUAAUGCGAGAAGGGAAUCAGAAGAGAGAGUGAGAAGAGAAGCUGAAAGAGCAAGGAGGGAAGCUGAGAGAGCAAGGAGGGAAGCUGAAAGAGCAAGAAGAGAAGCUGAAGAAAGGGCCAGAAGAGAAGCUGAGAGGGCUAGAAAAGAGGCUGAAGAAAGAGCAAGGAGAGAAGCCGAACAGGCAAGAAGGGCAGCUGAAGAGAAAGCCAGAAAGGAGGCGGCACAAAAGCAAGCUGAGGAAAACGCCAGGAAGGAAGCCAAGGCUAGAGAACAGGCAAAGCUUCAGGAAAGAAAGGAAAGAAUCAGAAGAGAAGCCGAGGCCAGAAAUGCUAAAGCCCAACAAGAGCAAUUUGUUGAACAGCUUCUACAAAACUUUUUUACUCCUUUCUUGAGUCAAGUCAGCCAAGCUCAAGCCAAGAAUUCUGAAGAAAAGGUUACCCAGAAUAAUGAAUCAUCUUCAUCUCCAGCACCAGUUCCAGCUCCAGCACCAAAACAGCCAUCUCCAAGAUUAGACGCCAAUGAUGAUAACGAGUCCGUUCAAUCCGAGCCAUUGACCCCAGAAGUUGGCUCUCCAAAGCUUGAAGCGAAAGACGAAUCUCUCGAUUUGCACAAGCACCCAUCUUUGGAAGAGGUUGAAGAUGAGGAGUUUGUCAUGUUCCGCAAGAAGUUUGAACAAUGA